AUGAAAAAUAUACGAGUGCACAAAUUCUUGAAAACACCCAUAAUUUUGAUUAUACUUGCUGUCGUUUUGAUCUAUGUUGGUACUUCGGGAUACAAUAAAUUGGAUAUAUUUCUGACUCAACCAACACGAACACGAGGUGUUUUUGCAACACUUAUUCGUAGUAAAGAUCGAUCUAUCCUUCUUACAAUUAAUAUGAUACAUUCUAUUAUUCAAUUUUAUCCAACUAAUAAUAAUUAUCUAUAUCCAUUGAUUAUAUUUCAUGAUGAAAAUUUUACUAUAAGCAUGCGUCGACAAAUAUUAUCAUGUGUUCUCAAUACGAAGAAAAAGAUCAAAAUUUCAUUUGAACUUGUUAAAUUUCGAACAAAAAUUAAAAUAGAUCCUGGAUCACGUUCUAAUAAACCAAUUGCAUAUCGUUUAAUGUGUCGAUUUUGGACAUAUGAUGUUUUUUAUCAUCCAGCAAUCAUUCGAGGAAAAUAUGAUUAUUUAAUAAGAAUGGAUGAUGAUUCAUAUUUUAUGGAUAAAUUCGAAACGGAUAUUUUUCUUUAUAUGGAUAACCAAAAAUUAGAUUAUAUUUAUCGAUCUAUAUAUUAUGAACCAUACUCAUCGAUGGAUCCUAUCUUAAAACGUUUUCUCAAAAGAAAUAUUCUUCAACUUGGUUGUAUUUAUAAUAAUUUCUUUGUUAUUCGUUUGAAAUGGUAUUAUGAAUCAAAACGUGUUCAAGAUUUUGUUCAUGAAUUAAUUCAAGAUAAUUUCAUGCUUCGAGAAUAUAUUGGUGAUGGAUGUAUUCAUUCGGCUAUGCUUGAAGUUGAUAAUCAAGUUAGAGUAAAACAUCUUAUGAAUUUUCCAUAUGGUCAUAAUUUUCAUUUGAUGCCGUCGGGAAAUUCGAUCUGGCUUUUCCGUGCAGACACUACAUUUCAUGAUGAGAUUAAAAAAGCAUGUCACCAGUUGACAGUAUUAAGGGGUGUUCAAGGCAUAUUAACACGAAUAAAUAUUACUAAAAGAUGGAAUCUUUGA